AUGGAUAAUAAUUCAAAUAAAAGUAAUAAUAUUAAAAAUACUUUACAAAGAAGAAAUAAGUUAUUUGCAUUUGGAAUAUUAGGUGUAAUUGGUUUAGGUUUAUUAUUCCCACUUUAUUAUAUAACAUCAAAACAAGAUAAACAAAAAAUUGAAAAAUAUUCAAAAGGAUCAGGUGUUAGAGGUAGUUUUUUAAAUUCUGGUUCAAGUGAUAUAGGUAAAGAUACCACAACAUAUAAAAAUAAUUAUGAAGAACACAAAAGAAAAAUGACCGAAAAACAUAUUAUUGAAGAUAUUAAUAAAAAUAAUAAUAAUAAUGAUAACAAAAAUUAA